AUGACUCGAUUUGGCGAUUUUCAAACACUUUGCUCCCAGGUCCCGUCAUACACCUGGUGUAAUCUCUUUUAUCGCCAGUUACAAACAAAUGAUCCAUCCGUCUUAACUGGUCUAUCUCAACCCGCUGCCUCCGCCCCGGUCGGCGUCAAUCCAGAGUGUGGGAUACCAAAAGUAAAUACCAACGGCUCUCUGGGCAACAUCGCCAAUAUCGUUGCUUGCGGUCUCAGUUUUUUCGUUGUCGGCGCUUUGAUAUACUUCACUGGAAGGCGCAAAGCAGCAGUCGGCCGCAUAGAGCUGCGGAUAUUCUUUGCCUUGUACCUCUUGACUCUUCCCUUCCAGCUAAUCACGUCCGGCUCCUUGCUUACUCAGGGCUCAACUGCCUUGGUUGUGCUUACUGCCAUUCAUGCUGGUCUCGUUGCUACAUUAUUCUGGACGUUGCUUGCCAAUGCAAUUGUAGCAACACAAAUCGUGGAAGAUGGCACCUUGAGCUCAAUAGUGCCCUUCUCCGUAAUUUCCAUCGCAUUCUUCGUCGCAACAACCUAUAUAUCCUUGGAUGUCGGACUUACCUUGACACAUGUGCUUGGAACAUCAAAUCCACCCCAAUCUAUCAACAGUAUACCACUUUUUGUCCUCACUAGUAUCUGGCCAGGAGUCGCUGCUUUAAUCUAUUUCGGACUCAUGCUGUACAUUGUCCUCGGGAUUCUGAACGAAGUCCGGCCUGUGUGGUACUAUGUCAUCGCAGCCAUUCUCUUUGUGCUCAGCCAGCUCGACUACUUCCUACUGAGCAAAAUCAUAUGCCGAGGCUCAUCAAUGAAAGUUGACGGUUCGUUCAUCGCCACAAUACUGGAGACUGCAUGCGUAGUCACUCUCUACUUUGCAUGGCGAGGAAUCACAGAAGAGGACUGGGAUAACGAUAUUUACUACCCAUCAUAAUAUAUAGAUGGGUCGAUCAUGCUUGUUGUGUUUGUGAUUUUUCCUCUUUUAUACACGCGAUACAUGUUACUCCUCGGUUCACACGCUUAUUCGCCUCGCCUUGCAUUUUGCCUAUGUAUGGUCACCAACUUCUACGCGGAGUUAGCGCUAGGGGUUGGUCGUGAGGCGCUUGGGGGGCAGCUUAUGGUUAAAUGAGGCAUUCCAGUGGCUUGCUGGUACUUGGACGAAUUGUAUUUCUUUGGGGUGCAUACCUAAAUAUUGUUGUGCUGUAAUAUCACCAUGAUAUAUACCAUCGGUGGUGAGGCCUUUUUGUAUAAAUCAUACAUAUCUAAACGCGGUGAGUCAACACCUAUGCGAGACGCCGUCUCACUGGCACUAGUAUGAAUGAAAAGCGCCUGUAAGGCGUAAAAUAUGUGUCAACAAAUUUAAUUAAAGUAAAAGUGAGUGUAGACUAGCAACUGCU